AUGAGCGGUUUUCAAGAACAUUUUUAUUACUCUUUACCUCUCAUUUAUUCUGUCAUCCUUUCCCUCUUUCUUUUUUUCUCUCUCUCUGACUUUUCACUCGUUUGUUUUCACAUUCUCACGCUAUCUGUCAUUCAUUCCCUUUCCCUCUCUUCCUCACGGUUUCAGGCUGUUUCUCUCUUUCUCUCUCCCUCUCUUUCAAUCAUUCAUUCUCUUUUUUGUCUCUCACUUUUUCAAUCUCUCAUUUAUUCUGUUACAUGUUCCCUCUUUCUUUCUCUCUUUCUCUCUGACUUUCUAAGUCGUUUUUCCUUUUUUUUCACUCUACUUUUUCUUUCUCUGUCAAUCACUCUCUUUUUUCUUUCUUUCACUGUUUCAAUUUCUUAUUUAUUCUGUUGUUUUUUCUCUCUUUCAGUCUAUUUUUGUUUCUUUCUUUCUCUCUCUUUUUUCUGUUAUUCAUUCUCUUUCUUCUCUAUCUCACUUGUUCAGUCUAUUUCUGUUUCUCUCUCUGUCAAUCAUUCUCUUUUUUUCUCUAUCUCUCUCACUUUCAAUCUGUUUUCUCUCCUUUCAUCCCUCUCUCUUUCACUGUUGAUCAUUCUCUUUUUCUCUCACUCACUUUCAAUCAGUUUUUAUUUCUUCCGUUCUUUCUCUCUCUAUCUUUUUAUCUCGUUUUCUUUCCCUCUAUCUGUCUCUGUCAAUCCGUUUUUUUUUCUCUCUCACUAUUUUAUUCUUUUUUUUUCCAUCGUCCUCUUUCUGUUGUGUUGCUCAUCUGUUUCUUCUCGAAGACUUUCUUCCAUUCGCAUUCUCAUAUUUUCUCUAUUUGCUUACCUAGCGGCUCUUCUUGAAUUACCUUAUUCCUGUCUUUCAUUUUUCUUCUUUCCGCUGAUCUCUCUCUCUCUCUCUCUCUCUUUCUCUCUCUCUCGUAGGUCUUCUCUCCUCCUAUUACCUUCUUCUGUCUCAUUAUUUCCACGUCGUUCCUGCGAUGCCGAUGAAUAUCUUUACGUACCACCCUACCGCCACGUCUGUAUUUGA